AUGCCGCUGGUCCCUAAUACAAUGCAGUACAUCAACCUUAUUCGCGGAACAUCGCGUGAUGGAUGUCUGUCCUUUCGUAAUAGGCAUGUUGAAGUGAAUUACCUCCAUGCACAGCUUGGCUUACUCUUUGCUGCGGCAACUGUACGAAUUGUUGUUGAGGUUGAAAUUGUUGUUGCACUCGUUGCUGUGGUUGGAACUGCUGCAAUUGUUGUUGGGGUUGAAAAUGCUGCUGCACACGCUGUUGUGGUUCAAACUGCUGACGUAUCUGCUGAUGCUGCUGUACUUGCUGUGAUGGGUUAA